AAACACCUAUAUAGUGAGAGAACCCAUUCCAGGUUUAGGGUUUCUAAAGUCUCUACCUUUCCCCUUCUUUCGAUCUCUAUUUUCUCGGGGGGACCCAAUCAUCAUCAUCAAUGGCGGACGAUAGCACCAGAUCCAGAGGUACCGUCCGUUGGUUCGAUAAUCAGAAGGGUUUCGGUUUCAUUAGCCCAGACGACGGCGGUGAAGAUCUAUUCGUUCAUCAAUCCGCCAUCAAAUCCGAUGGUUUCAGGACUCUUCAAGAGUCUCAGAUUGUUGAGUUCUCUGUCAUCUUGGAGAAUGACCGCACCAAAGCCAUUGAUGUCACCGGUCCUGAAGGAUCUUCUCUUGAUGAUGGCCGUAAGGACGAUUUCGUAGGCGGUCGUGGCGGCGGUGGUCGGACUGGCGGUUAUGGCUCCAGAACUGGAGGAGGCGGUGGUGGGUUUGGAUCCAACGGCGGUGGAGGAUUCAGGAGGAAUGGCGGUGGCGGAGGAGGCGGUGGUUGUUAUGUUUGUGGUGAAGCUGGUCAUUUGGCAAGGGAUUGUCGCCGCCAGGGUAGCGGCGGUGGUGGCGGCGGCGGUGGAGGCAGCGGUGGCGGCGCUUGUUUUAACUGUGGUAGCUAUGGACAUCUAGCUAGGGAUUGCAACAGUGGUCGAUCUGUCGGCGGCGGUGGUGGUCGAGGUGGUGGCGGCGGCGGUCCUGGUGCUUGUUACAACUGUGGUGGACAGGGUCAUAUAGCUAGGGAAUGUCCUAGUGGUGGAGGCGGUGGUGCUGGAGGCGGUGGAAGAUACGGCGGUGGUGGUGGCGGCGGUGGCGGUGGAAACAGCUGCUACAACUGUGGAGAACAGGGACAUUUUGCUAGAGAAUGCCCAAACAACGCAGGAGCUUAAGUUAAGUUUUUGUUUUCUUAUUCUUGGGUUUUUUUUUUGGGUGAUGAGAAGAAGAGAGUAAUCGUACAGAUCUCCUUUCUUGUUCUUAUUAUUUAAUCUUUCUUCAUCCUAGUCUAGUUUUUUAGAGUGUCUUUGAUCAUCAUCUACUGCUAUUUUCUCUUUUACUUUCAUAUAUUUUGGGGGUUUAUACUUUAGAUCCUUGUGUUCAUUUUUUUUUGAGUGAUUCACUGUUCUGCAAAUCAAGUUAUAUAUUAUGGAUUAUCUUCCUUUCCUUUC